UAUAUUCCAAGAAACUCCGCCUCUGGAGAAACUGCUGCCAACAUAAUAUUUUUCAACCUUGAAGUUGGCCGAUAAAAAUAAAUAAAAAAUGUGAUAGGUUAUGAGUUGUAGCCAAAUAAAGUUCCCUUAUUUUUCAAAUAAAUAAAACGAUAUGGCAAAUAGAACCGUAAAAGACGCCAAAUCCGUACACGGCACAAACCCUCAAUAUUUAGUAGAGAAAAUAAUCAGAUCUCGUGUCUACGAUUCCAAAUAUUGGAAAGAAGAAUGCUUCGCCUUAACAGCGGAGCUACUUGUUGAUAAAGCAAUGGAAAUACGUUACCUCGGGGGAGUAUUUGGUGGUAAUAUCAAGCCUACGCCAUUCCUAUGUCUCACGUUAAAAAUGUUACAAAUUCAACCAGAAAAAGAUAUUGUUGUCGAGUUCAUUAAGAACGAAGAAUUUAAGUAUGUACGUGCCUUAGGUGCUUUCUAUAUGAGACUAACAGGAUCGUCCUUGGACUGUUAUAAGUAUUUAGAGCCAUUAUACAAUGACAACCGAAAAUUGAGGCGACAGAAUCGUCAGUCCCAGUUUGAGAUUGUUCACAUGGACGAAUUUAUCGACGAACUUCUUCGUGAUGAAAGAGUGUGUGACGUUAUCCUACCCCGCGUUCAAAAGCGAUACGUGUUGGAAGAAAAUAACGAACUUGAGGCUAAAGUAUCCGCAUUGGAAGACGAUUUGGACGAAGACAUCGAACUGGACGAAGAAAAAAAUGUAGAACCACCGCCGAAACGUGAGGAAAAGGAGAGACACCGCGAGAGGAAACGUGAUCGCAGCCGCUCAAAGGAACGUGACCGCGAUAAGCACAGAGAAAAAGAGAAGUCCAAACACAGAGAGAAAGAACGCGAUAAGGAAAGGGAAAAAGAUAGGGAGAAGGAACGGGAUAAGGAUAGGGAGAGAGACAAGGAUCGAAGAGAUAGAGAUCGACGAAAAGAUGAUGACAGAAAAAGAGAUCGAGAUCGCCAUCACUAAUUUUAUUUAUAUAAAAUGCCAGCAGAAUUUGUUUAUGUAUUAAAAAUUACUAUCUUAUCAAUAUCGGUAUCAAUAGGGUUCAAAUAAAUUUAUAAAAAUACCA